UAUGAUGAACAUUAUUCAAAUUAUCACUCUUUUUAUAUUAUUUCAUAUUCAAAUUAGAAGCACAAUUUCAAAUUUGGCCAGAAAUAAACCAGCUUUCCAGAGUUCUACUGCAGUGUCGCUGUUUGGUACUGCAUUUGUACCGGAAUAUGCAAAUGAUGAUCAUAUUGAGAUUUCCAAUACAGCUGCCAGUAUUUUACAUAUUUUGAAAAUAUAUUUUUCAGAUUAUCUUUUGAACAAUCUGGAAAUUACUGUUCAUGAUUCGAUAGAUGGUCCUCUAAAACUCUGCCAAACUGUUUCUUUAGCCGUAAAACAGCCAACUACUACUGAUUUUUCGCAGUAUAAUUGUUAUAAUUGCCCAGAGAAUUUAAAUGGCUAUUUAGUUCGGAUUUCACAUCAAACUUCAAAUAUAUCAUUAACAAUUUGUGAUGUGUAUAUUGAGGGAAAAUUUUUUGAUGAAAAAGUUGAACAUUUACUGCAAAGUGAGCAUUUAGAAUUAAGAUACGGUGUUAACGACAACAAUGAUGUUGAUAAUGGUGGCAAGAAUGCAAUUGAUAAGAAUUAUACAACUAUAUUCCAUUCAAAGACGCUACCUUAUUCAUAUUCUACACCAUAUUUACUCAUUGAUACAAAAGAUAUUAUACCCCGAGAUAAAUUCGAAGAUAUCUACGUUGCAGUCAGUCUUAUACCGGAAACGAUGUUUCAUCAAAAUCUGAAAUUUUGUAUUCGAAACUAUCGUAAUGAAGAUAUUUUGCAGUAUCAAUUGGCUGGGAUAUUAUGUAAUGAAACUCACACCGGAAGAUAUAUAAAUAUACUAAAAUAUAAUUUCACUAAUAAUGAAAAUGCAUUCAAACUAAACGAAAUUUUCAUUUACACUGCUCAACGUAAAGAUUUCAAUUUAGCAGAGUUCAACAGCAAAAGUAAUAUUGAAUCAAUGACACUCAAUGGUGUUAGCAAAAUUGUUCAAUACAUGAAUGAUGAUGUAUAUCAUCCAUCAAAUGGGCCUGGUUUACAAUUACUAAGGCAAGCUGAACGUCUAGAAAUUGCAAUGGAGACUUCCACUUUAAAUUCAAUCUGUUUAACAGUUUACCAUGCUCACCAAUUGACCAACGAUAUCCUAAUAGAAGUCGAAAAUUUUGUAACAAAAACUCUUGUUUCUACUUCAACAAAUGGCAAUUUUAAAUAUGUUCAUACAGUUUGUUGUAGCUGGCUAUGUAUUUUUGAAGUAGGGAGAAAGGCUUUCUAUUUAUUUGGAUUGGGUGUUGCUUUAUGGCCAGAAAAAAGAAUGGAACAAUCAACAAGUGAAGUAAAGGAUCUACCACCUCCUUAUAAGUCUAUAAAUGAGCAACAACCCCGGGAGCAUAUAUUUUCUAAUGCAUAUGAUAGCAUAAUUCCAAACUCUCAGCCCGAUUCUCAUAUAGUUGGAAUAUCUUUAUUUCAACCAACAUCGAAUGCGCCGGCAACGCAACUUUAUGUCCAGCAUCCUACGUCACUUGUAAAGAGUAUUGCAAGCAGAAGAGCAAGAGACUUUGGCUAUCUUGAAGAAGCGAGAAUGAAAGCACAAGUGGCAAAGUACCUGGCGAUUGCUGCUAUUAUUGUGGGAAUAGCUUUGGGAACGAUAGGCUUGUUCGUAAGGGUUAUUAUGACAGUUAUCAAGCAUAGAUGA